ACGAGUUCAGCUCGUCUGUUUGAGCGGGGGUGACACAAGGCAAGAGAUGGAAAGAGAGGGGAAGGUCAGGACACAAGCAGGGGUUUGUCUAAUCUGGAACACCUCCCCCUCAUCCCCCAUUCUGUUUACCUGCUUGAACAGUUUGAAAGGAGCUCUGUGUGCACUCAUGUGUUAGGGAGGGGGUAGGGAGAGUAGAAAAAGGGGACUGCCAUCACUACACCACCUUCUUGGGGUGAGCAACCAGAUCUUAAAGGGACAAAUAGCUCACAAGACAUCCACAUUUGAAUCAUCAAGUGUGUCUACUUAUACGAAAUGCCUUACAAACUCUGGAUCGCUCUGUCAGUCUGGCUUUUGCUGCCAAUCUCUGGAGCUGAAAAGCAGAUGCCUAAACUCUCUGACAAGAAACUCUGUGCCGACUCCGAAUGCAGCCAUCCUAUCUUGAUAGCUCGUGCACUGCAGGACUACUACCCUGGAGACUGCAGGUUCAUCCCUAUCAGACAGGGGCAGCUCGUCUAUGUAUAUGCAAUGCUAAAGGACAGAGGGAACCUCUUCUGGGCUGGCAGCGUACAAGACUCCUAUUAUGGACAGCAGGAGGCUCGCAUUGGCCACUUCCCCAGCAGCGUAGUGGAGGAGACACAUCCUCUCAUGCCAGCCAGCACUGAAGUCAAAACUACUAAAUGGGACUUCUACUGUUACUGAUAAAGAGAACAACGACAUGCCAAGAUAAUGCUCUCUGGUAUCAUUUGAUCUUACCAACAUUUUUGACAGAAUAUACUAUAUGUAGGUUAUAUUUAGGUUUCUAAUCUGCACCUUAGAAGACAUGGGUAACAGCUCUUCACAACAAUAAAUGAUUGUAGACUGAGAUCAGCGAAAGGCUUCAAAGCACCAAAGAAAGAACUGUUGCUGCUUAAUGCUCUGUAAUAUUCCAUCAUAAUGUCUGUAUGUGUUUUUAAAAUAUUAAACGUAUUUGAAAGUUAUAAGUUCAA